AUGGCCGCCUCGCUCACCGCUGCCAAACAGCAGCUGCGGAGCCUCAUGAAGCGGCGCCUGUCGUCGGUGCCCCAAGAGUCCGUCACCGUUCAGAGCCGCAACAUCUUCGAGUCCCUGAGGGACUUCAAGCCCUACAAGGAUGCCACUCGCAUCAGCAUCUACCUGUCCAUGCCCGCCGCCGAGGUGCAGACCGACGCCAUCGUCCGCGACGCCCUCGCCGCCGGCAAGCAGGUCUUCGUCCCGUACCUGCACAAGUCGCCCCUCGAGACGCCCGACACGCCCGCGCGCGUCAUGGACAUGGUGCACCUGAGGAGCGUCCAGGACUACGAGAGCCUCACGCUGGACCGCUGGGGCAUCCCCAGCAUAGACCCGGCCACCGUCCACGAGCGCCAGCGCAUCCUCGGGGGCCCGGACGCGCAGAGGUCGGACGCCGCGACGCUGGACCUGAUGCUGAUGCCCGGCGUGGCCUUUGACUUUGACGAGGCCGGCUCGGUGCGCAGGCUCGGCCACGGCAAGGGCUUCUACGACUUCUUUCUCAACCGGUACUUGGCCAAGCAGGGUAGCAGCACGGAGCGGCCGCCGUUGCGCUUGUACGGCCUCGCCCUCACCGAGCAGCUCCUGGCGUCCGGCUCGGGCGAGGAGGUGCCCACCGGCGCGCACGAUCGCCGGCUGCACGGGUUGGUCUUGGGCAGCGGCGAGAUUCGCCAGUCUUCCACGAGUAGCGUCUGA